AAGUCUGUACUUGAUGUCAACAAUCGAGCAACCAUCAAAGUCGCAACCGAGAUCGACCUCCCUCGCGAAGAAGAUUCUCCACAGUCUCUGGCUAGUCUUGCUACUAAGGAUGGCUUGAUCACCUUUGCGGGCAUCAACUCGUCUCAGGCUCAACAAGAUGCGAACAAGAAUGAACACUUCCGAUCUUUUGCCAUUCGAUAUCCACCGCGUAAGAAGCAGAAGACAGGCGAGACAGCAAGUGAUGACAAGGGCGAGAUCAAGCUGCUUGGUAAGAGGAACCUCUUCAAGCCAUCGUCCGCGCCAAAGAAGGAAUCGUAUCAAAGAUUGCUGCGCCUGUCGCCUGUUCAGAAGCGAGAUGUACCGGCUAAGCGCAUAGGUGCGAUUGCGUCUGGCCUGGCUCAAGAGAACGAGAUCAUUGUGUUCAACGCAACAGUCCAGGUCCCUGAAGACAAGGAUAUAAUUACAAGAAUACCUCUGGCGGGCAAGGACGAAGCAGCAGAUCUUGAUAUCGCUCAACCCGACCAAAAUGAAUUCAGUCUCGUCUGGUGCGACGAUGAUAGCGUCCAUGAACAGACUUACAAGUACGACUUCGCGAAGAGAAAGGUCGAAAAGCGACCAAAUGGGCCCCGAAGAGUGUAUCAAAUGCCAGCUUCGGACUCUUUCGAGAAAGUCAAGAGUCGGCCCAAGUUCAGAGCUGUCCGCUUCCUGAACGCGGAAAAUGUCAUUGCGCUGGUCAACAAGCCUAGCAAAAGCGGAGCGGAGCUCAGAGUCUAUCACUUGUAUCCCACAGGACCGGCUCUCGAAAUGUCGACCAAGACCUUGCCCUCUCGUGUCAAGCAAGCCUCAGCGAUAGACGUCUGCGCGCUCGACCCUGAUAGCAAUGGCAAUCAGCAAUUUGCUGUAGCCGUUGCCGGCCAAGACAUUAGCAUUGAGAUCUUUACCAUCAACUACCAGGCAGCUACCGACACUUUCUCGACCCUGCGAUCGUUCAUGUCCUUGAAGGAUGUGCACGAAAACCAAAUGACGAAAUUAACCUGGACGCCAUUCCACUCACCUGUUCGCGCAGUCGAUCCCGCAACACUACCGACAACUGGGCCCAAUGGCGAACCUUUACCACAACAACGACCUAACCAUCCAGGACCUCAAUAUAUUCGACUUGCUUCCGUCAGCUUCGGUAACACCGUUGUCAUCGACACCUUCCCACUGUCGCCCCUCGAACCUAAGAACAAAGACUCCCGAUAUGUGCUCAGUCAUCCGAAAGAUGAAGCUUUCUGGAAAUGGGCAUACAUCUUUGUCAUCUCUUUUUGUGUUCUCGUCACAGCAUUCCUGUUCCAAUCCUUUGCGUCGAGCGGCUUCUCUGACGACACCAAUGUCGGCGUGUUUGGCUUCUUACCUCAGAACGUUCGCAGCUUUCUCGACCAACCUGCAAUGGCUGCAUAUGGUCGACUCUCGAAAGUGACCGAAGCCGUAGAAUCAGCAAUCCCUGUCGCAAACCUCAAGAACAUUAUUGCAGAACAUCAUGGCUCGCCCGAGGAUGCUGCGACUACGGCUGUUGUUGUUCGGGAUUUACCUGAAGGUGAAGGAGUCACUGUUGCUGUGCAUCCUGAUAAAGAAGAGUAUCUGUCGAAGGAUACCGAAGCUAAACACUGGGACGAGCUCGAACCACAUCAGAAAAGUUACUGGAAGGAGAAGCUGGUCAAGGCUGGGCACUGGUCAGAAAGCGAGGGCGAGUCGGUGCUCAAGGGCGUACUUUGGAGCACUUACGCCGGCCUUGUUGGACAGGCUGGACAGAUUUUGCGGAAUGAGCUGUAAAGAAGGGAAUGCGUUGCGGCAUGCUUUCUCGAGAGCAGGGUUUGAAGCUUUGCUUCCGUCACAGGCCGAUGACUGCACAACGUAGAUUUAACCCCAAGACUGCGUAGUACGUGUCAAACUUUGUACAUCUCAGCCUGGCGAUGUCAAGUCGCCACUGCACGCAAGCUCCAUAACAAGCAAGAGUCACUCGCCGCGGCAUUCUCGAGGCAUCGCAGCAGUCGUCGUCGUCCGUUGCCGCUUCGAUUCACGGCCCCGAGAUUAUCGAAAGCAAUUCCAAGCAUCCCUCGAGCCCAAAUACUGCCGCACGUGGCUGCCCCGACUCUUCUGGAAGGUACACCUGCAUAUGUCGGCCUUCUGCUAUCGUUACAUCGGCGACAUGGUAUCGUCGGAGUCAUUUCCUCUUUCGGAAUUUUAGUGUGGUUGAGGCGAUGUGAGGAAGAUUGCAAGGGCGCGAUCUUAUUUUAUUGCUUGUACUAUCUGCGCGUGAUGCACAAGGUACUUCGAGAAGCAAG